GCUAUGACGUCGAGUGUCUGACGAACCGGGAAACAAAAGUAAACAAAGCCUAGGACAACGAAAAUGAUUUUUGGCGUUAGUCCCCCAGACUCAGACCGAAUCUGUGAUUUUUCUGAGGCAUUGUUGAUAAUGUAUGAAGGCUUUGUAUUCCGAUAAGGACAGAGACAGGCUGAAAACUGAUUUAGCAAUGUUAGCCAUCAGAUCGUCAGAGGAGGAGUCCACUGAGAUUGAGGAGAUGGACACCUCAGAGCCCAACUGGUGCUGGUUCUACUUGGCUGAGUGUGGAGUGUGGCAUAUGUUUGAGAUUGAUCCCAGUGCAGCCUGCUCUGUGACCAGUGCUCAGAUUGAGCAGUGCUACAACAGGAAUCAGCGUGGAGUGAUGGAGUUUUACACUGCCAAGUACACGUACAGACUGGACUUCUCAGUUAUGCGACAGAUAAAUGUAACAACAGGGAAGCAGCGGCCCAUCAAACGCUCCCUCCACUCUGCAACUGGUUUUAGGUUUAUUUGUGAUAAUCUUGCCUUGCCUGUUCCCUGCCACUGGGAGAGAAUCAACACAGAUGAGCCCUAUCAGCUCAUCCAGCUCGGCAGAGACACAUAUGAAUUUAAAGAAGUAGCCAGACUUUAUGACAGAACAAUGGAUCAUCCAAUCAAAUCCAUCCAGAGGAUCCAGAACCUGGACUUGUGGGAGUUCUUCUGCAGGAAGAAAACACAGUUACGAAAAGUCAAGCGAACAUUGGAUAUUGAGGAGCGAAUGCUGUUCCAUGGCACAGGACACAGCAACAUACAAGCUAUAUGUACAUUUAACUUUGACUGGCGGCUCACAGGAAGCCAUGGUGAUGUCUAUGGCAAAGGGAGCUACUUUGCCCGUGAUGCCAAAUACUCCAGUAAAUUCUGUCACACCACAGGGAAACACAACACCACCUUACAGAGACAUGGACUCUCACCACCAAUAUUUGCCAGUGAGCCGCCCUAUAAGACCAUGUUCUUGGCCAGAGUGCUUGUUGGAGAGUACACAGUCGGUCAUCCAAUGUAUUGUAGACCGCCCUCUAAAGAUGCCAGUUUUACCAACUUCUAUGACAGUUGUGUGGAUGAUAUGGCCAAUCCAAAGAUCUAUGUCAUUUUUGACAGCAAUCAGAUUUAUCCAGAGUAUCUGAUUGAGUUCUACUGACACCUAAGAAGAUGAUACCGGCUUUGUUUUUGUUUUUUUAAAUAAAGGCUGGAAAAUCUGGAUAUGGAAUUAGAUGAAAGGAUGAUUGGUUCCACAUGGCUAAGUGGAGCGAGGGUCAUCUAAAGUGCCUUUGGAGAAGCUGGAAAAAACAAUAAAGACCUUGUGUUCAAUUGUA